AAACGACAUAUCGCUUUUUAGUUGACUAUGGAAAGACAUAUCUUUUCCGCAUAAUUAAUGCAGCAAUGAACGAAGAACUUUUCUUUGGGGUUGCCAAUCACAACCUCACAGUUGUAGGCAUUGAUGCUUCCUACACAAAGCCCUUAAACACCAAUUUCAUAAUGAUAACCCCAGGACAAGCAAUGGAUGUGUUGGUCACAGCAAACCAGCCAAAGAGUCUCUACUACAUUGCUGCUACUCCUUUCUAUGAUGGCAUUGCUAUGUAUGACAAUUCCACCACAACAGCUAUUCUGCAAUAUAGUGGGAAUUACACACCAUCAUCCAUUCCCAUGCCUAUGCUUCCUGCAGUGAAUGAUUCUGGAACAGUAUUUGAUUUUACCAAGAGUUUGAGGGGUUUAGCAAGCCAUGAUCACCCUGCUAAUGUGCCAACAAAUGUGACUAGAAAAAUUUAUAUGACAGUAUCCAUGAAUGAAUUACCUUGUCAAAAUCUAAAUGCAAGUUGUUUAGGACCUAAUGGAACAAGACUGGCUUCAAGCUUAAACAACAUAAGUUUUCAGAUCCCACAGAUUGAUAUACUUCAAGCAUACUACUGGAAGAUUUCAGGAGUUUUCAGUGAGAACUUCCCGGAUCAACCACCUUUCUUUUUCAACUUCACAGGAGAUACGGGAAGCAAUACUCUAAUCCCAAGCACAGGAACCAGGGUGCUAAUGUUUGACUAUAAUGAGGUUGUUGAACUUGUAUGGCAAGGAACUAUUGUUCUUACUGCUGAGAAUCAUGCCAUGCACCUUCAUGGUUUUAGCUUCUUUGUGGUGGGAGUGGGGACAGGAAAUUUCAACAAUGUAACCGACCCAGAAUCCUACAAUUUGAUUGAUCCACCAGAAGUUAAUACCAUUGGUCUUCCCAAGAGUGGAUGGCUUGCCAUAAGAUUUGUUGCAAACAAUCCAGGAGUAUGGUACAUGCAUUGUCAUCUUGAGAGGCACACUAGUUGGGGUAUGGAUACUGUUCUCAUUGUGAGAGAUGGAGGUACCUUGCAAACUAGUAUGGUUCCACCUCCUGAAUACAUGCCACCUUGUUCUUAAUGAAGACAAA